AAACAGGGGGCGCUGUGGAUAGCAUGUUAGCAUGCUAGCCGAAGAAGUCAACAUGAGCCAAACAGACACACUAAUGGAAAACUGGAGGAGAUAUUACCAGAGAUUAUUUUAUUAACUAGCCGUAAACUUUGCUUUUUCUGUCCUCUGCUGCGUCGGUGUGUCUUCAUAUAUCUCACCUAAGCGAUGGCUUUGGAAAAAUUUGUGUCCACGACCCUUGAGCUUCUACAAGAGGAGCGGGAGGCUGAAAUAGAAGAGACCAGAAUAUGGCAGGAGAACAUUUCUCUCAAGGAUCUUCAAAAUAAAGGGGUUUGCCUGCUGAAGCUGCAGAUAGGAAGUCAGUCUACAGGCCUGUAUGGUCGCACAGUUGUCGUUCUAGUGCCAAGAAAGCAUCUUGGUUUCUCGUCUCUGCCAAGCAACAGCUUUGGACCAGGUGAUAUAGUCGGUUUGUAUGACACUGCUGGAUGCACUGCAGCCUCACAGAUCUGUACAGGAAUAGUGACAAGAGUCAGUCAGGCAUCAGUGAGUGUGGCCUUGGAUGACUUAAAGGAUGGGCUCAGUUUUGAUGCCGAUGGUCUUUACAACCUCCUGAAGUUAGCGAAUGACGUCACCUACAAACGAAUGAAAAAUGCCUUGAAUGCACUAAAUGGAUACAGCAGUGGACCAGCUGGCAACUUGAUAAAUGUUCUCUUUGGAGAAACAAAACCUUCUUCUCAGUCUCAGCCAAAUGAGGUUGAAUUCUUUAACUCAAACUUGGAUGACUCCCAGAGAGAAGCUGUGUCCUUUGCUCUGUCUCAGAGGGAACUGGCUGUGAUUCAUGGACCUCCAGGCACAGGGAAAACCACCACUGUGGUAGAGAUCAUCCUGCAAGCUGUCAAGCAAGGCCAGAAGGUCUUGUGCUGUGCCCCGUCAAACGUGGCUGUGGAUAAUUUGGUGGAGACGUUGGCUCGCUGCAAGGCCAAGGUCCUGAGGCUGGGUCACCCUGCCAGGCUGCUGGAGUCCAUCCAGAAACAUUCGCUGGAUGCCAUCCUCGCUCAGAGUGACAAUGCAAACAUCAUCGCUGACAUCCGUAAAGACAUUGAUAAAGCUUUUACGGGAAUGAAGAAGAUGCAGCAAAAAGGAGAGAGGGUGAACUUCAAACGAGAAAUAGGGGAGCUGAGAAAAGAGCUGAAAAGCAGGGAAGCAACCGCUAUCACCCAGAUCCUGAAGAGUGCUGAUGUUGUGUUAUCAACCAACACAGGUGCUUGUGAUGACGGCCCUCUGAAGUUCCUGCCAGCAGAGCAUUUUGAUUGGGUGGUGAUAGAUGAGUGUGCUCAGGCCCUGGAGAGCAGCUGCUGGAUCGCCCUGCUUAGAGCACGCAAGUGUAUCCUGGCUGGAGACUACAAGCAGCUACCACCUACUAUCAAAUCACAAAAGGCUGCAUCAAAAGGUUUGUCCCUGAGUCUUAUGGAAAGACUGAUCCAGAUGUAUGGAGACUCUGUGGUCCGAAUGUUAACAGUUCAAUACCGCAUGAACAGCGCUAUCAUGGAUUGGGCCUCCAAGGAGAUGUACCAGGGACGACUAGUCGCUCACAGCUCUGUGGAGAAGCAUUUAUUAAAAGAUUUAACAGGAGUCUCCUGUGUCGAAGAGACCAAUGUUCCACUUCUUCUUAUUGACACAGCAGGGUGUGGUCUCAGUGAAAUGGAGGUCACAGAUGAGCAGUCCAAAGGCAACCAAGGUGAGGUCGACAUCGUUGAACUGCACAUAAAAGCACUGACUGAAGCUGGAGUCAAAGCUAAAGACAUUGCUGUUAUUGCUCCCUACAAUCUACAGGUUGAUCUUCUACGUCAGAAACUUUCUGCGAGGCAUCCAGAGCUGGAGAUAAAGUCAGUGGAUGGUUUUCAGGGCAGAGAGAAGGAAGCGGUUGUUUUGUCGUUAGUUCGGUCCAACAGAAAAGGUGAAGUUGGGUUUCUGGCAGAGGACAGGAGGAUAAAUGUCGCUGUUACACGUGCAAGACGCCACAUCGCUGUUGUUUGCGACACACAAACUGUCCAGAAUCACGCUUUCCUGAAAUCCCUGAUCGACCACAUGACUGAGUUUGGCGAGGUCAGAACAGCGUUUGAGUAUAUUCAAGAUAUCGUUCCACAGAACUACACUCGCGACCACAAAGACACAAAGACGGCGUCUGCCAGCACCUCCUCAUCUACCAAACAGAAGGUCAGAGAUCAGCCUUCCAGUAAGGUAAAGCAAGGACAGAAGAAACCCACCGGUGGCAGCAAUAAGGAAAAUAUUGCUGGUUCAGAGAAGCACACGAAGUCCUGCACAUCAUCAAAGAUAGAACAAGAGCAGAACGAGAGCAGGUAUGCUGAGAUCAGACAGCAGGUAGAGACCUUUAUGAAGGAGCUGAAUCAGGGGGAGCUACAGUUUCCGUCUUCAUUUAACUCUCAUGACCGCCUGCUGGUCCAUCAGAUAGCUGAGGAGCUGGGCCUCGUUCAUGAGAGCAAAGGAGAGGGGAGCGACCGGUCUAUCACUGUCUCCAGGCCUCUGAGGGCAACACCAGCUGAGGAACCGACGCAAGAAGAAGCCCAGGAAGAGGAAACAGUCUCAGAUCCCCAAAAUGAGCCGUCAUGUCCACGUGCAUUAGACCUGAAGAGUUUACAUUUGGAGAGAAUGAAGAGGGAGCAGCAGAAAAGGGAAGAAAAUGCUCAACAAAAGAAGCAACAGAACCACAAUCCUCCAGCUCCCAGCCAGUCAUCAAAGAAAGCCAAAGGAAAGAACCGAACCAAGGCUGGCGCCUGCGACAUCGCUGCUGCCGCUGCCCCAGAUGAUGACUUUGACACACUGAUCAGCGCUGUCAUGAAGGCUGACAGCGUUUGUAGCUUUGUUAAGUGUAAAGCAUCUGUGCUGACACUUGGGCAGCUUUGCCUGUUCUGCAACAGACAGUACUGUCUCAGUCACCACAUACCAGAGGUUCACGGCUGUGGAGAUAAAGCCAAAUCUCACGCUCGAAUGAGAAUUAGCAAAGAGGGCGUUCUUUAUGCCGGGAGUGGGAAGAAAGACAAAUCCAUGGACCCCAAUAAGAAAGCUUAUCUGCAAAGAAAACUGGACUCUAAACUGAAAGACAUGGCAUCACAAAGGAAACAAAAAGCCAAGGAGAAAGACGGUUAAUGUCACCAAAUUAACUAUGAUUUAACAAAUCAAAUGUCUCUGUUCUGAAAAUCGUUGAAACUGAAAAUGUUUACAGCCUUGUUUGAUCAAAUAUGAUCUUCUGAUGUGCACUGGAUGCAGUAUGGUAUACAUUUGUUCAUCAAAUCACAUUCUUUAUCACUUGUUUGUUGUUUUUGUCACUAACUAUAGCACACACUCCUCACAUAAACCCUCAGGAGAGGCAUGUCUGCUGUGUGUGAAGCUAUUCUACAUCCACUUUGAUCCUCAUUGGACAGAUUGUCAGCGGACUGGAGAUUUUUCCGUCCAUAUACAGUCCGGGGGAGAAAUACGGAAAAAUCCUCUCUGUAAAUUUGUCUUUGAAUGUGUGAAUCACUGUCAAAUCAGCUGCGUUGAUGAAAACUACUUUUGAUUUGUCACAGUCCACCUCCACGGUAAUCCUCUGGGGCUUCUGCUUCAUCGUCAGCUUGGUGCGAGGAGAUGUCUGAGCCCAGAAUGAGUCUCCGUUGCACAGGCCAAUUACCCAGAAACCCUCAGCGGGGUUGAGGAAGACGGUGCUCUUUCUUUUGAUGGACUCCUGGGCCACUCCGAUGUACCAGUCUUUGCCUUGGCCCACGUCUACGGUCCAGCUGUGCUUUCCAGAUAGAAAACCGGCGGCUCCCAGCACACACACACGGCUGGUGCAGCGUUCAGGGUUGUCAGGAAGCAGCUGUUUGCUGCUGUACUGCACACAGCUCAGCUCUUCAGAGAAUGCUAAGUUGGACUGGGCCGUGUUUGGAUCCAGAGUGAUUGGAACUGUAAAACAUUAAGUCCGUUAGAUUGAAAAUAUCACACACCUUAGAGUAAACUUUAACACGCAGGCAGCUGUCUGUUUGCUCACCAUAUCUGACGAUGUUGGCCAUCUUCUUCCAAAUUCCAAACUUAAGUUGUCCCAGAUGCUGUGCAGAAUUUAUCAGAAUAGCUCUGACACAUUCUGGCUCUCGAAUGUUGGAUUUGGCCCUAAAACAUGUUGAAAUAAUUACAGCAUUGUCUGAUGGAAACAGUUAGUGCUGAUUUUAGCAGGUACUGAGUAAUGCUUACUGUUUCUUUGUCUGCCUGUAGUCCUGAAAUUGAAGGAAUGGAGAAAUACAUUCCAUUAAUGAAAUCCUCCGUCAGAAAAACCUCACAUGAACGGCCAGUGUGUACACUUGUUUAAACAAACAUGGUGGUAAUGUAGAGACAAUAUUGCAUCACAUAUUCUUUGGUGUUUUUCCUGCAUUGAGGAGUUUCUGGCAGCCUGAGUAAGAGGUUUUAGCCAGCUCUGAAUUAAAAAGAAGAAUUUAAACACCUUUUGAA